CGCCCUCUCGUGACGUUUCUCAGACCAGACCACCACCUCCCCUCCCCUCGCCUCCCCCUCCCCUUCUAGAGCCUAGAACCCUUCUCACCCACCGUACCCGGCGGCGGCGGAGAUGAGCGUGUGGAACUACGUUGUGACGGCGCACAAGCCGACCAGCGUCAGCCACUCCUGCGUCGGCAACUUCACCAGCCCCAACCAGCUCAACCUUAUCAUCGCGAAAUGCACCCGCAUCGAGAUCCAUUUGCUUACUCCUCAGGGCCUUCAGCCUAUGCUUGAUGUACCUAUAUAUGGAAGACUUGCAACGAUUGAGCUCUUUCGGCCUCAUAAUGAGACUCAGGAUUUCCUUUUCAUUGCUACGGAAAGGUACAAAUUCUGUGUUCUGCAGUGGGAUGCAGAAAAAUCAGAGCUUCUCACCAGAGCAAUGGGAGAUGUUUCUGAUCGCAUUGGCCGCCCUACAGACAAUGGACAGAUUGGAAUUAUCGACCCAGACUGUAGACUUAUUGGUCUUCACCUCUACGACGGCUUAUUUAAGGUUAUACCAUUUGACAACAAAGGACAGCUGAAGGAAGCUUUCAAUAUCAGACUCGAAGAACUUCAAGUAUUGGACAUCAAGUUUCUGCAUGGUUGUGUUAAACCUACUAUUGUUGUCCUCUACCAGGACAAUAAAGAUGCGAGGCAUGUUAAGACAUAUGAAGUUGCAUUGAAGGACAAAGACUUUGUUGAGGGUCCUUGGUCGCAGAAUAAUUUAGACAAUGGUGCUGGUCUGUUGAUACCUGUACCAGCUCCACUUGGUGGUGUGAUAAUUAUCGGCGAGGAGACAAUAGUUUACUGCAAUGCCAAUGCUACAUUUAAAGCUAUACCAAUCAAACAGUCCAUCAUAAGAGCUUAUGGACGGAUUGACCCAGAUGGUUCUCGUUAUUUACUCGGUGAUAAUACAGGAACUCUGCAUUUACUCGUCCUUACCCAUGAACGAGAAAGGGUCACUGGUUUAAAAGUUGAGUACUUGGGAGAGACUUCAAUUGCAUCAUCAAUUUCAUAUCUUGAUAAUGGUGUUGUCUAUGUUGGUUCUCGAUUUGGUGAUUCACAGCUGGUAAAGCUGAACCUUCAAGCUGAUGUAAGUGGUUCAUUUGUUGAAGUUCUUGAGCGGUAUGUGAAUCUUGGACCGAUUGUGGACUUCUGUGUGGUCGACCUUGACAGGCAGGGUCAGGGUCAGGUGGUCACUUGUUCAGGGGCAUUUAAAGAUGGCUCCCUUCGGGUUGUUCGGAAUGGUAUAGGGAUUAACGAGCAGGCCUCAGUAGAACUCCAAGGUAUCAAGGGAUUAUGGUCAUUGAAAUCUUCCUUCAAUGAUCCUUACGAUAUGUACCUAGUUGUGAGCUUUAUAAGUGAGACACGGUUCUUGGCGAUGAACAUGGAAGAUGAAUUAGAAGAAACCGAGAUAGAGGGGUUUGAUGCACAAACCCAGACCUUGUUUUGUCAAAAUGCCAUCAAUGAUCUUCUUAUACAGGUUACUGCAAAUUCUGUUCGGUUAGUCAGUUGUACCUCUCGGGAGCUAGUGGAUCAAUGGAAUGCACCAGCAGGAUUUUCAGUCAAUGUUGCAUCAGCUAAUGCCAGUCAGGUUCUGUUGGCAACUGGUGGUGGCCAUCUUGUUUACCUAGAAAUUAGGGAUGCUAAGCUUGUUGAAGUGAAGCAUGCACAGCUAGAACAUGAGAUCUCUUGUCUUGAUUUGAACCCAAUCGGGGAGAAUCCACAGAAUAGUUCCCUGGCUGCUGUUGGGAUGUGGACUGAUAUAAGUGUUAGAAUAUUUUCACUUCCAGACCUUGAAUUAAUAAGGAAGGACAAUUUAGGUGGAGAAAUUGUUCCUCGGUCUGUUCUGCUGUGCACCUUGGAGGGGGUUUCAUAUUUGCUCUGUGCUCUUGGAGAUGGUAACCUGUUCAGUUUUCUGCUGAAUGCAAGUACAGGUGAACUGAGUGAUAGAAAAAGGGUGUCCCUUGGGACCCAACCAAUUAGCCUUCGUACAUUCUCAUCGAAGGGCACAACCCACGUGUUUGCUUCAUCAGAUAGACCGACUGUCAUAUACAGCAGUAAUAAGAAGCUGCUCUAUAGCAAUGUUAAUUUGAAAGAAGUUAAUCAUAUGUGUCCUUUUAAUACAGCUGCAUUUCCAGACAGCCUUGCAAUUGCUAAAGAAGGUGAACUUUCAAUCGGAACCAUUGAUGAUAUCCAAAAGCUUCAUAUCCGCACAAUCCCCCUUAAUGAACAAGCACGGCGCAUUUGCCACCAGGAGCAAUCAAGGACACUAGCAUUCUGCAGUUUCAAGUACAACCAGACUAGUAUGGAGGAAAGUGAGACACAUUAUAUUCGUUUGUUAGAUCACCAAACUUUUGAGUUCCUGUCCACAUAUCCUUUAGAUCAAUAUGAAUGUGGCUGCUCCAUCAUUAGCUGCUCAUUCUCAGAUGAUAAUAACGUCUAUUACUGUGUGGGAACUGCAUAUGUUUUACCCGAGGAAAAUGAACCAACAAAGGGCCGAAUCCUUGUAUUUGCAGUUGAAGAUGGAAGGUUGCAAUUAAUUGUAGAGAAAGAAACCAAAGGAGCUGUUUAUUCACUGAAUGCAUUCAAUGGAAAAUUAUUGGCUGCUAUCAACCAGAAGAUUCAAUUAUAUAAAUGGAUGCUACGUGAGGAUGGUUCACAUGAGCUGCAAUCUGAGUGUGGCCACCAUGGGCACAUACUGGCCUUGUAUACUCAAACCCGUGGUGACUUCAUUGUAGUUGGAGAUCUGAUGAAAUCAAUAUCCUUGCUGGUCUACAAGCAUGAGGAAAGUGCAAUUGAAGAGCGUGCUAGGGAUUACAAUGCGAACUGGAUGACUGCAGUUGAGAUGCUUGAUGAUGAAAUCUAUAUUGGUGCAGAGAAUAGCUAUAACCUAUUCACGGUGCGCAAGAACAGUGAUGCAGCCACAGAUGACGAAAGGGCAAGGCUUGAGGUUGUCGGGGAGUACCAUCUUGGAGAGUUUGUGAAUAGAUUCCACCAUGGUUCACUUGUAAUGCGCCUUCCAGACUCAGAGAUAGGCCAGAUUCCCACCGUGAUCUUUGGCACAAUCAAUGGGGUCAUUGGCAUUAUUGCCUCCCUUCCACAUGACCAAUAUGUGUUUCUGGAAAAGCUCCAGUCCACUCUCGUAAAGUUCAUAAAGGGUGUCGGGAACCUGAGCCAUGAGCAAUGGCGGUCAUUCCAUAACGACAAAAAGAUGGCGGAGGCUCGAAACUUUCUGGAUGGUGACCUGAUCGAGUCAUUCCUUGACCUUAGCAGAAGCAAGAUGGAGGAGGUGGCCAAGGUCAUGGGCGUAUCUGUUGAGGAGCUGUCCAAGAGGGUGGAAGAGUUGACGAGACUUCACUAGAUCAACAAGUAGAAGUUUGCUGUAACUUGUUGCAUCUAUAUCCUUUGUAACUUAUUUUUCGCUGACGCAGUCGCUUGUAGUUUCAUUGCAUUGAGCUGCCUCCUGCUGUUCAAACAGCCGGCCGGUCGCUCAAGUCGCAAGACUGACCCUAUCACUGUUUACGCGUGGUUGUACCUUAUUUUGUUGCCCCAUCAACAUUCCAGCUGUCAGUUUGAUGAGGUUGUUUUCUUUUUAAUGCCGAGACAAAAAUGUCGCGACAUCAA